AUGGCUGCGGAGCUUGUAAGUACUGCAACAAGUGAAAAGCUUGCUGAUGUGGAUUGGGGCAAAAACAUUGAGAUCUGUGAACUAGCUGCUCGAGAUGAAAGGCAAGCGAAAGAUGUUAUCAAAGCUAUUAAAAAACGCUUAGGAAGCAAGAACCCAAAUACUCAAUUAUAUGCUGUCCAGCUGCUGGAGAUGUUGAUGAACAAUAUUGGAGAGAAUAUUCAUAAGCAGGUUAUAGAUACAGGUGUACUCCCUACACUUGUGAAGAUUGUAAAGAAAAAAUCGGAUUUGCCUGUAAGAGAGAGGAUUUUUCUCCUUCUUGAUGCAACUCAAACCUCCCUUGGUGGCGCUUCAGGGAAGUUCCCUCAGUACUACGCGGCAUACUAUGAUUUGGUGAACGCAGGAGUUAAAUUUCCUCAGAGACCUGACUCAACACCAUCAGUUGUGGUCACUGCACAAGCGGUUCCAAGAAAUACGCUCAAUGAACAACUCGUAUCUGCUAGAAAUGAGGGGACUGCAACUACUCAGCGGAGAGAAUCUCAGACUGCCUCUCCUUCUAGCAUUUUACAAAAGGCUAGUACUGCAUUAGAAGUUUUGAAGGAAGUGCUUGACGCAGUUGAUUCUCAAAAUCCUGAGGGGGCAAAAGAUGAGUUUACACUUGAUCUUGUCGAGCAAUGUUCGUUUCAGAAAGAGCGCGUAAUGCAUCUCGUCAUGACAUCGAGGCAAGUUUCCGUCUCUCUUGCUUUAGAUGACUCGCAUGAAGAUUUGCUGUCUGCUAGAACCACUGUGCAAGGCAGGUCUACUACAUCCAAUGGUUAUCAUUCCAAUCUCGAACCUAGCCGCUCUACCUCAAAUGGUCACCAGAAACUCGAGCUGAACGGUUCUAAUGCAAAUACCAAAUCGAGCAGCUCUAUCUCUAAUCCAAACCAUCUUAAGCUUGAAGACGAGGAUGAGGAAGAGGAGCCUGAGCAGUUAUUCAGACGAUUGCGAAAAGGGAAAGCUAGAGCAAGGCCUGAGGAUGAAGAAGAGGCAUCACCUCCACAAGGCUUACCUGGAUCAUUAAUCCAUACCGAAAGACUUAACCGUCCACUUAUUCGUCCUUUACCAUCAGAGGAGCGGUCACGCGGUAGUGAUAGCCAAUCGCAAUCCCCGCCUGUUGUGAUUCCACCACCACCUGCAAAACACGUUGAGAGGGAAAAGUUCUUCAAGGAGAAGAAAGUCGACGGUGCCUCGGGUUUACCAGGUCACAUGAGAGGCCUUUCUUUGCAUAGCCGUGAUGGCAGCAGCUCGCGCAGUGGAAGUGUAGACUUCAGUGACUGA